AUGUCUAAUUUCAAUAAAAUAAAUGAAAACAAACCCAUCUAUGCGACAUCAACAAAAGCUAUCACAACUGAUACAGUAGUACAUUCUCCAAAAAGAAGGUCUUUGAGUAGCUAUCUGUCUAAAUUGCAUACAAAAAAGAUGGAAUCAAAUGUGAAAGAAGGUAUUAAACCAUUGCAAAAUGACAUUUUUAACACUACUAAUAAAUCAUCUAAAGAAAAAUCAGUAGAACCAUUAAGUGAAAAGAUUGAAAGUGCCGACAUAUUAAAAGCCAGUAUCAUGAGUUUUGUUAAUGAAAAUAGAAUAAAAACUGAAAAGGAAGAAAAUGAGAAAAAAAUAGCAGAUGCUAAAGAUGAAACCAAAUUACAUGUCGAUGACUCCAAAAUCGUAAAUUCUCCCUCACAGGAAAAAGGUGUAAAGCAUACUACAAUUAAUAAUAGUUAUUUCACACCUUUUUCAAGAGAAGAGUUGAAAUCUGUAUUAAAAGAACCACAAAUAGAUUACGAUUCUAUUAAUUCGAAGUCAUCAUCAAUAUCAAAUGCAGAAAAUCAUGAAUCAAAUUCAAAUGAAGAUAAUGAAAAGCCUUUCUCAUCAUUACUUGAACAAAAUACGAUAAAUAGCGAUACAGAAACACCAAGGGGUUCCCCAAUUAAAGUUAGAAGAGGUCGAUUAAUAAGAGGUGAUAAAUUACAAACUCUAUCAAAUGUUUUAAAUUAUUCUACAAUUUAUAAUGAAUCAGACUCUGAAUUGUCUGAUAUUAACGAUAAUAAAGAUAUAAAUAUUAACAGUAGUUUUCUUAAUGGUAAUUCGAUGAAGGAUGACAAGGAAGCUGUUUCAUCAUUUAAUAAAGGUGUUAAAUCAAAACCUAAAUCUAGGUCAAAUUAUAAUAGUAAUAACAGUGCAAAUUCAAAAGGAUCAAGAAACAAGAAAAGUGUUUAUCGAGAUUUUGGUGGUAGAACAAGACUUCAAAUUGCAUGUGAUAAAGGUAAGAUAGAUGUUGUUAAAAAAAUUCUUGCAGAAGCUUCAGAUAACCCAGAUUCAAAUAUCGAUAUUAAUGAUCAAGAUAAUGCUGGAAAUACACCGUUACAUGAAGCCGCCUUGAAUGGUCAUUUAGAUAUAGUUAAAUUAUUGGUGGAUCAUGGUGCAAAUGUUAAUAUACAAUCUUUUGAAUAUUUCAAAGAUACCCCACUUAUCGAUGCAUCAGCUAAUGGCCAUCUUGAAGUCGUUGAAUAUUUAUUAUCUAAAGGUGCAGAUCCAACGGUAAUAAAUGCAAAAGGAUUAACAGCGUAUGAAGCAAUCGAGGAGGAUUCAGAUCUUGAUGAACACGAGAAAGAAUUAGUAGGAGACAUUAAAGAUACACUAAGAAGAGGCACGCAGGCAUGGAUUAAUGCACGUCGUCAUAAUAAUGAUAAAUCAAUGGGCCAUAAUUUACAAAGUCCAAGCUAUACAUAUAGACGAGAUUUUAAGAACAAUGCUAGAAGUAAGAAUAAUAUGAUUUCUGAUUUCAAUGGUGUUACUAGUAAUGAUUCUAACGAUGAUGAUGAUAAGUAUAAGAGUCAUAGUCAUUAUCAUCAUGAAGAUACGUUAUUAAAUCAUAAGCCAAAUAAGAUUAAAAAUGACAUUGAAUUUCUUUGGACUGAUUUAACGUCUAAAACAGGUAAAGAAAAAUUGAUGCAAGCUUCAAAAGAAGGUAAUUUAGUAUAUGUAGGGCAAUAUCUUGAAAAUGGGGGACGUAUAGAUUUUAAAGCGUUUAUUGAAUCUGUUAAAUUCGGUCAUGAAGACAUUGCUAGUUUAUUUCUUGCGUUCGGUGCACAAGUUAAUAAACUAAAUAAAGAUGAUUAUACACCAUUAAUGGUAUCGGUAGGACGUGGUCAUUUUGGAACUGUAAAAUUAUUAUUAGAAGCUGGUGCAGAUCCAACAAUUAAAAAUAAGAAAGGCUAUGAUGCUCUAUUUUAUUCAAAAAAUAGUCCGCUAGGUGUAGUUGAUGAUGAUGAAAUUGCAUUAUUAAUAAAGUCAAUCAAAUUACAUGGAGGAAUGGUGGAAUCAACUACUGAUGGUAUAAAGGAAGAAAAAAAGGAAUAUGAGGUAAAGGAAAAACAGAAUAGAAGAAGAGAAGAAAAAAAAAUAAAUAAAGAAAAUGAUAAAACUCACAAUCAUAACCAUGAUCUGUUAAAGAAUAAAAGUAAGAAAAAAAGUUCUGAUAAAGAUUCCACAACAAUCAAGACAAAUGACAGUGUUAAUAGAAUAUUUGAUGAUGAUAUUACAGUGAAAAAAGAAUCAGGGAAAUCUCAGAAGGAAGUUGAAAAUGUGAAUUUGGCUGAUAAUAAUGAAGAUGAAGAUGAAGAUGCUACUAUACCAACAUCUAGAUAUAGACACACUUCACCAUCCUUCAGCAAUAGUAUACCAAGUAAAAGAUCAUUAUUACUAGAAACAAAUGAGAAUGAUAGUGGUAAGAAUAGGGACAAUGAAGGUGAUAAUAGUACAGAUAAGCAUAUAGAUAAAAAGGUAAAAUAUAAUGAUAUGGAAAGUGAAAGAAAAAAACAAGAAAGAUUGAAAGCUGAAGAAGACGAAUAUUUACAAAGGAAGCUUGAAAAUAAGAGACGUAAAGAAUUAGAAUUAAUACAAAAAUUACAAGAAGAUGAAAAGAAGCGUGUUGAAGAAAAGGAAAAACAAAAAUUUGAGGAAGCUAAAAAAUUAGAACAGGUAUUCAAAGAAAAAGAAUUAGAAUUAGAAAGAAAGGAGAAAAGAUUAGAGAUUGAGAAAAGACGUCGUAUAAGAAACAUGUAUCCUUUAGGGUUAAAAUUAAUUAAAUUUAAUGGUGAACUAGAUGCAACAAAUUUAAGACAUAUCCCAAUAUAUUAUAUUGUUAAAGAUUCAAUCAGAUAUGUAUUUGAUUUACAAUUACUGUUAAUAUUAAGAGAUUCUCAAAUUAUAACAAAGAUACUAAAUAGACAAGACAUUACGGUUUCGCCUAUAAUUAAUGUUAAUGAAAGAUUACAGUUAUGGAAUAUACUUAAACCACAAUUUUUAUUUGGUGAAUUAAAUAAAGAUAAUGAAUAUAUGAAUAUAUUUCAUAGUUGUUCAUUAUCACAAAGAUUACAAUUUGAAAAUGAAGAAUAUAAAAAAUUUAAUGAAUUGCCCAUGAAUUGGAUUAGAUGGGAUGAACUGGUAUGUAAAACAGAUCUCAUAAGUUCUGAGUUAAAAAGAAACCUGGAGAAAAACAUGACAGAAUUAUUUAUUUUGUCUUAUAAUGAAACUAAUAAAAAGCAAUCUAUGAUCUCUGUUGGAAAAAAUUCAACUCCAACCGUAUCAUCAUCGAUCGAAAAGACUCUUCUAAAUAUUUCUACAGUUAACACGGAUAAACAUAGACAUGUUAAAAAACCAUCUUUAAUGUUACCUAUUAAUUUGCAACAUAGAUACAGAAUAACUAAUUUAUUACAGCAUGAAAAAUUCACAGAAUUUCAACCUAUGUGGUAA